UUUUGUGCCUCAAGUUUCGCUGUUUCCAGAGAGAGAGAGAGAGAGAGAGAGACAGAGAGACAGCGAGAGUAAGACAAGAUAGAGUACGAGGUGUCAGACACUACACCACGCCGUAAGUCACUGAAGAAAGAUCCUCAGCGAAAGCAUUCUGGAAAGACGCUUGACUGUGUGGAAAGGUUGGCAUCGCCAGCUAGAGAGGACUGUGCCCAGAGCCUCAGCGCUUCGCAGAGCACAACGAAUCACCGCUACUCUUCCUUCAAAGACGGUGCCACACGGAAUUGGCCCCAGGACACAUUUCUCUGCGAAAUGUCAAGAGGAGAGAGCCUAAUCAUAAACACUGGUGUUCCUGAGCAUUGUUGAAAGCAAAGAAGCAGGACCUCUAUUUCUCCAAAAAUAAGGGCAUGUGCAAAAAGUGAAUAGGGCAUCACCAACUGAAGCAGUAAGCUCACGACACAUAUUUCAAUAAUCUAAAGGACCAUAGUGGUGCUCCUGGGUCUGUUAGCGUCCGAAAGGUUUUCAGUAGACAUCUAGAAAACUUCCCGAAACAUCUUCGAAACGCGGACGAUUUAGACAUGGAGGUUGCGGCCGAUCAGUCUCGAUGGAUGGCCCAUCAUCAUGCGGUGCUCAACGGCCAGCACCCAGACUCCCAUCAUCACGGGCUUACACACAAUUACAUGGAGCCCAUGGCCCCUCUUCUGCCCCCGGACGAGGUGGAUGUGUUCUUGAAUCACUUGGACUCGCAGGGAAACCCUUACUACCCCAAUUCACGGGCUAGAGUAUCAUACGGACAAGCACACGCUCGUCUCACGGGAAGUCAGGUCUGCCGACCACACCUCAUACACAGUCCCGGUAUUCCUUGGCUGGACAGCGGGAAGGCAGCGCUCUCCGCAGCUCACCACAACGCCUGGGCGGUGAGUCACUUCAGCAAGCCUGGCCUGCACCCCGCCAGCGCCGGUUACCCGUGCAGCAGCAGUUCCAGCACCGCUCCCGUCUCCUCCCUCACAUCCGUAACCCACUCCAGUCCACAUCCCCUCUACAAUUUCCCCCCAACCCCACCGAAAGACGUCUCACCGGACCCCGGCCCUUCUUCUCCGACCUCCACCACUGCACGAAUGGAUGAAAAGGAGUCCAUCAAGUACCAAGUGUCCAUCGCUGAUGGGAUGAAAAUGGAGGGAUGUAGUCCUCUUCGGGGAAGCCUGGCAAUGAGCGCCCAAACACCGUCCACGCACCAUCCCAUCCCAACCUACCCGACAUACUCUCUUCCCACGCCACACGAGUACGGCGGCGGGCUGUUUCAUCCUGGUACCCUCCUCAGUGGAUCCGCUUCAAGCUUCACACCUAAAUGCAAAAGCAAGACGCGGUCGUGCUCAGAAUUCUGCACAGAGGGGCGUGAAUGUGUGAACUGCGGAGCCACCUCCACCCCGCUGUGGCGGCGGGACGGAACGGGCCACUACCUCUGCAACGCGUGCGGCCUGUACCACAAGAUGAACGGCCAGAACCGACCCCUUAUCAAACCAAAGCGCAGACUGUCUGCUGCGAGGCGAGCUGGCACCUGCUGCGCGAACUGCCAGACAACCACGACCACUCUGUGGCGGCGCAACGGGAACGGUGACCCGGUGUGCAACGCCUGCGGGCUCUACUACAAACUCCACAACGUCAACAGGCCACUGACCAUGAAAAAAGAGGGCAUCCAAACACGCAACCGAAAGAUGUCCAGCAAGUCCAAGAGGAGUAAACGAUCUGGCGACGGUUUCGAGGAGCUCUCCAAGUGCAUGCAGGACAAGACCUCUCCGUUUGGCAGCGCCAGUGCUCUGGCAAGCCACAUGCCACACAUGGGCCACCUGCCACCGUUCAGCCAUUCUGGACACAUGCUGCCCACUCCGACUCCCAUUCACCCCACAUUCAGCCACCCUCACCAUUCCAGUCGCUCUCCCGCCUGGGCCGAGCCUCACUGAAGACCCACGCUCGCUCGCAUCCCCUCGACGGGGGCCUUGCGUUAGCUCCUCCAUACUGAAAAUCUCCACGCACCCCCCUCCCCUCCCGUAAAGAAAUCUUCCACAGGUGAGGGACGCGAAGGGGUUCGUUUCGGGUUCGUUCCUGCUUGGACACUGCCGAGGAAGGUGUCAUCUCAUCAACAACCACGUCAGCUUGUAUAGAGGACGGUUUGCGUGUUUAAGAAGCACCUCUCCCUUCUAGACACUGAGGACCUUCACAGACAGAGCAGAGGGAGAGAGAGCUAUCUUUGCUUUUAGCUUUUCGUUACGUUUUACUGAGUCACUUUGGUACUGUCCUGAAAGAGAGGAUGUGUCUUUGCAGAUUCACUAUGUGGCAGUUCCUUCUCAGAAACUCUCUAGUUAAGGACUCGCUCUGACUCUCUGCGUACAUGACGAGUCAAAGAAAGAGAGACAGAAAGAGGGAAGACCACUAAGUUUAUCCCCCCUAACAUGCUGGAAUACACCCCCCUCGGGCAUGAUUCCCUCUGAAUGGACUCUAUGGAUACGACAUACAAGCAAAGAAAUGUUUAUAAAGGUUAAUUGUUAUUAUCGUUAUUGUUAUUAUGAUAAUUUAUUUUCACUCUUUAUCUCUUAUUUCGCUUUCCUCAGAACACAUUGUUAUAUGAUAAAUAUUAUUUGAUUGUUAUUGAUUAAAAAAAAAAACACUGACCUAUCCUAGCCAAGGCGAUGUUGCUGAGCUGUACGUUUUUAUCAUUUUCCAUUACACAAAUAAAGGAAAUAAAGUUUUAAUACUU